AUGUCUGUUCACAUUCUCGGCGCAGGCGCCAUGGGCAUGCUCGUAGCUCACGAGCUCGCUGUUGCCCGUCAAAUGACGCCCACUCUUCUUCUUCGUUCGCGUUCUCGGCUCGAAGCAUAUAAACUGGCAGGUCUGGCUGUGUCUGUGCUUCGGCGCGACGACUCUGGCGUCUCCACAUCCAAAAUGGAAAUGGGCGCCAUAUGUAGCCCGCCGCUUGACACUCAGGGUAAACCUGUCCAUAUCGAUAACCUCAUUUUGUCGACCAAGGCGCACGUGGCGGUCGAUGCUGUGCGGCCCUAUGUUCAGAAUCUUUCAAGCUCCAGCACGCUUCUUCUUCUCCAGAAUGGAAUGGGCGUAUCUGCUGCGCUCCAGGAUGCUCUUUGGCCUCUGCGGCUCAACAUGCCGUCUUUUUUCCAAGCAAUCAGUACCCACGGAGCAUAUAAGCCCAACCCAACCACUGUUCAUCAUGUGGGUCUAGGUUCGCUUGUUAUGGCGCCAUUGGGGACCGCCCCCGAUUCUGCUUCUCCACCGCCUCUUCUUCGUGCGCUUGAGGCAUGUCUGGCCCUCCAGGCGCAGUGCAUGGCGUUCGAGCCGUUUCUUCUCCGCCAGAUGGAGAAGCUCGUGGCCAACGCAUGCAUAAAUCCCCUCACAGCAGUGUUGGACUGCCUAAACGGCGACCUCCUUUAUGGCACCAAAAUCCCUCCCAUCAUGAAACGUGUCAUUCGCGAGUGUGUGGACUGUUUCCGGGCCGAGUAUGCGGUGCUCUCUCGAAUCCCAAACGCUCGAACCUAUUUGGACCGAGACCGUCUCCUUGCGUCUGUGGUGGAAUUGUGUAAAAACACUUCACAAAACAGUCUGUCCAUGCGGGAAGACGUACGUCAUCUACACCGCACAGAGAUUGACUGGAUCAACGGGUACAUUGUCACAUUAGGGUACCGCCAUGGGAUCCCAACGCCAACAAACCGCAUGUUGGUGGAAAUGGUCAAAAAUAAAGUGGCCAUUGAGCAGGCUAAGGAGAAUUUGGCGCUCAAGCGUGAUCGCUUUUGA